GCCUGGUGCCCACGUCUGACGGGUGCCAGGAGCCGCGUUUAAAAGGAAGGAAGGAGAAGGAGGAGGAAAGACGGUGGAAGGAGAAGAAGAGGAGAAGAAGAAGAGGAGAAGAAGAGGAGGAGGAGGAGGAGGAGAGGCAGAAGCAGCAGCGCCCCAGUCCCCCCUUGGACCCCAAAGCGUCUCUGGAAGUUCUUUUCAGUUUCUCAUUUCCAAAAUGCUGGGCGCUUCCUCUGUCCCUGUGGCCGUGUUCCUGGCACUGGUCCUCGUUGGGAACCCGGGAGAGUCCGCUGAGAGGGCGGAACCCCCUCCUUGCAAGGAAAACAGGGAGUGCUUGAACUACACGGUGGUCUGCCACGGAUCGGGCUAUGAGGGGCGCCACUACCCGAACUCCUCCUGGGUGGGCACCCGCGUGCAGGACGGCUCCAAGUACUUCUCCGCCGUGGUCAAGUCCUUCUGGCGCCUCUUCCGCUACAUCCACUUGGGGGCCAACGAGAGGAAGGCCACCAUCCCGAUGACGUCGCCGGUCCUGACCCGGGUGGAGGAGGCGGAGGGGUCCUUCGAGGUCUACUUCAUGCUGCCCGAGGCCUUCAGGGCGGACCCCCCGAAGCCCACCGAGGAGACGGUCUUCCUGACCACCUCCCCAGAGAUGGAGGUCUACGCCCGCUUCUUUGGGGGCUGGAUGACGGACAACGUCCAGGAGGAGCAGCUGAAGUCCCUGGAUGAAGCCCUCACCCGCGACCAGAGGGCCACACGGCCGGGGCUGCACUACGUGGCCGGAUUCAACAGCCCCUUUGAGCUCUACAACCGGCGCAACGAGGUCUGGCGCCUGGCGGAGGGAGACCUGGCCUGCCCCUCGGCCCUGCAGGAGGGUCCGGAGGAGUAGCCCCACUCCCAGGGCCACCCAAAGUGGAGCCAAACCGCUUCAGCCCCGCAGUGCGGAUCUCCUCCUCCUCCUCAUCUCUUUGCUCUUCCUGGGCAGAGACCUCUUCUUGCUUCCAGGGAAUAAAGAAGCGCAUUUUAAUAAUAAAAAUAGCCAGUUAAUGCUUGGAGGGAAA